AUGAUAGAAAAAUCGAAUAAUCCAUUUUUAAGUAUUGACCCUAUUGUAGAAAGAACAAAAUCUAAUGGAGAAGGUUUACCUUUAUUGAACUCUAAAACAAAAAAACGUUUUGAUUUUACUCAGAUUGUUGUAUAUUUAGUAGGUUUAUCAGAUGGAUUAACACAUUUAGCAUCAUUAGCUAUAUAUUAUUUAUUUAAAGAUUAUUUUAGAUUAACUCCAUAUCAAGUGUCUUUAAUAUUAAUGUAUCCAUAUAUACCAUUUAUAUUAAAACCUGUAAUAGCCUUAAUAACAGAUUCUUUUUCAAUAUUUGGUAUGAGAAGAAAACCAUAUUUAUUUUUAUUUAGUUUAUUUCAAUCAUUAAAUUUCUUAGCAUUAGCACUUGUAAAUUUAACAGUUAUACAAGCAAGUUUAAUUUUAUUUUUUAUAUCUUUAUGUGCAUCAUUUUGCACAACAGUAGCAGAAGCAUUAGUAGUUGAAAGUUCUAUGGGUAAAACCUAUUCACAAGGAACAAAUAAGGUUACAGAAUUUAUAGCAUCUAAAGCAAUAGGUAGUUUAUCAGUUGCAUAUUUUUCUGGAUAUUUUUUAGAAAAGAUGCCAAGAGAAUAUAUUUUUAUAGCUACAUCAAUAUUUCCUUUAAUAAUAUCUAUAUCAUGUUUAUUUUUAAAAGAAAAAGAAUAUUCAACAAACAGAAAUAUAUUUAACCAGUUAACAGAUUUAAUCAAAUUUAUAAAUACACCAAUAUUUUUAGGACCAUUCUUAUAUAUAUUUGUAUAUAUGUCAGGUCCAGAUUAUGAUGAUGCAUUUUUUUUCUUCUGCACAAAUAAAUUAGGUUUUAGACCAUCUUUUAUGGGUACUUUAAGAUUAACAUAUGGUAUAGCUUCUUUAAUAGGAAUAAUAAUUUAUCGUGUAUUUUUAAAAAAUUGCAGCUUAAGAAAAACAUUAAUUAUAACAACAUUAGUAUCUUUUCCUAUAUAUAUAUCUCCUAUUAUAUUAACAGAACAUAUAAAUAAAUUCUUAGGAAUAUCAAAUGAAUUGUUUGUAUUAAGUGGAGGCUUUUUAAUUGAAGCUAUAACAGAAAUACAGUUAUUGCCAUUAUUUAUCUUAACAGCAAAUAUAUGUCAACCAGGUUUAGAAGCUAGUGUUUUUGCUACCAUUUUAAGUGUUAAAAAUUUAGGUUCACUUACAAAAAAAGGUACAUCAUCAUUUAUUACAUAUUUAAUGAAAAUAGAUAGUUAUAAUUUUGAUAAUUUAAGUUUAUAUAUUUUGACUUGUGGAUUUUUCCUCUUAUUGUCCUUAACCUUGGUUCCCCUAUUACCAAACGAGGAGCACAUCGAAAAGUUAAAAAAUAAAGAAACAUCCAAGAGAUAA